AGCUGCGUGAAAAAAUAUACGUUUGUGCUCACAUAGCAAACGUUUGUAAUUAUUUUUGUAAAAAAAACUAGCAUCAAAUUCCACCGAAAACUAAACUAAAGGUCAUUUAAAUGCGCUUAAACUGCAAACGAAGCGUUUGGCAAUAGCAAUAGCGCGCGCAAAUCACGUUGUACGCAGUGUGCUGAAAACAAAGGUGAAUCAGCAACAGCGCACAAGACGCAGACUUGGAGCGCCAGACAAAGUCAAGCUCUAAAUUAAGUGAGCGUUAGUGAACCCACAAAUCCCAACAUGGUCAAUACUUCUGGCAGUGAAGAUGGUCAAUUACGGAGUCCCAACGAUGGCCAUUAUAUCAGCGGCGGAGAUGAGGAACAUGAUGCGGACGCGUUAUAUAUACAACCGCCACAAGCGGCGAGCAGCCAAAAUCGCGAUGCUGUCAGCACGCGACGUGAAAAGAAGAAGCAUUCCCGCGAUCAUAGACAUCGGAAGGAGCGGAGCAGCUUAGAGGAACGAGAACGCGAGCGUGAAAGAGAGAGAACUCGUUAUGAGUAUCGUGCACGAGAAGAUUUGGAUCAGCGUUAUCAUCACCAGCAGCAGCAACAUCGCCAUGAGCGAACUAAGCAUCAUAUGAGCCACGACUACCACUUUCCACAGCAGUGGCCACUUCCACCGGCUCGACCACUUCCACCGCCGCCACCACCUCAAGUCUAUGGCCAUCACCAUCAGCAUCAUCAUCAUCACUAUCAAGGCAGCAGUCGGCAUGCUGACUAUGUAGUCAUGGAGCCACCAGUGUCGCGACGACGCUGGAAAGCAAUGGCACGAGCAGGGCCAGAUGUCGGAGGCCUGGAACAAGACUUACGUUCACGUUUGCUAAGCAAGCGGCACAAGUAUGUCAAAGACUACGAAACAGAAGAGACCUACGAGCAGCAUCAGCACAGUCGACGUAAGGAGCGGGAGCCACGACGCAGCAGUCACAAUCACAAGCUACGUCAUGGUCAGGUUAUUGAGCUUCUGGACAGUCCAGAGCCGCAGCAACAACAACAACAGCAGCAACAUCAACUGCAGCGCAGCAGGCAGCAUCGACGUGCUGAGGAGCCAGUGCGUCGGCCUGUGCCCACCGAUCCAGAGUUGCUGGCGCGACGCGAAAAAAUUUUGGCUGCGGAACGCGAAAAUCGUCAGCGCAAGGAAAUUGCACGCGAGGAACUGGAGGCACGACGUCAGCAACUGUUGCGUGAGCGCAGUACUGCACUCAGUCCUAGUACAGUCGCAGCCAGCGUCACUGCUGGUCUCCACAUAGUCAAGCGCAAACAGAAGCCAAGCUCAGACGAUGCCCAUGAUGAGCGGCGAAAACGCAGCAAGCAAGCGCCCGUUGAGUUGGUGAAACGGCGCAAAAAUGAGGAUGAAAGCGAGGACGAAGCUAGCGAUACGGAACAGGAAGAUGACGAUGAGGAUGAUGAUGAUGAAGAUGAAGAUGAAGAUGAAGAAGAGGAGGAGGAAGAUGAGAGUGGCAGUGGAGAUGCUGAUACGGCGGAAAGCGAAAACAGUGACACCUACGCGCGAAAGCAAAGCAAACAUAAACGCAAACAAGUGUCAUCCGCGAAAGCGGCGACUGCUGCUACUGACGAAGAUGAGGAUGUACAGCUGCCAGACAGUCCGCUUAGCGUGGGUGCACUUUACAAAUCUCCCAAGCAGCGGACACGUUCCACACGCUCACGCACACGUUCUGUUAGCUCCAAGAGUUCACAGCGUAGUCACAGCAGCAGGGGCAGUCGAUCUCGUUCGCGUUCCCGCUCAGCAGGCAGCAGUGUGGAUGGACAAAAGCAGCGGCAACGGGUGCGCUCACGCAGUAGCAGCACGCGCAGCGAGGAACGGGGUAUGACGCAGCCACAACAACAGCCGCAACAACCGGAGCCAGUGGACGAACCACAGCUAAGCUUGGAGGAAAGGCCGUUGUGUGAUUCCAAGGGCGUGCCAUUGCCCAACUAUUAUCCGGGAGUACAGGGCUGUCGCUCAGUGGAGGAAUUCCAGUGUCUCAAUCGCAUCGAGGAGGGCACCUAUGGUGUGGUCUAUCGUGCCAAAGAUAAGCGCACCAAUGAAAUCGUUGCACUCAAGCGUUUGAAAAUGGAAAAGGAAAAGGAAGGAUUUCCCAUCACCUCGCUACGUGAGAUUAACACUUUGCUUAAGGGCCAACAUCCCAAUAUAGUUACUGUUCGUGAGAUUGUCGUUGGCUCGAACAUGGACAAGAUCUUUAUUGUCAUGGACUAUGUGGAGCAUGAUCUGAAGUCAUUAAUGGAGACCAUGAAACAGCGCAAGCAGAGCUUCUUUCCAGGCGAAGUCAAGUGUUUAAUACAGCAACUGCUGCUCGCUGUGGCGCAUCUGCAUGACAAUUGGAUAUUGCAUCGGGACCUGAAGACCUCCAAUCUGCUCCUAUCACACAAGGGCAUACUCAAGGUGGGUGAUUUUGGUUUGGCGCGAGAAUAUGGUUCACCCUUGAAGAAGUAUACGUCACUGGUGGUCACACUGUGGUAUCGUGCACCAGAGUUGCUACUUUGCUCGCCGGAAUACUCUACGCCCAUUGAUGUAUGGUCUGUGGGUUGCAUUUUCGCCGAAUUCCUGCAGAUGGCGCCAAUCUUUCCAGGCAAAUCAGAGAUCGAUGAGCUUAACCGUAUCUUUAAGGAACUCGGCACACCGAACGAGAAGAUCUGGCCAGGCUACACGGAGUUACCGGCCGUUAAGAACAUGCUUAGCCAAAACUCUCAGUUUACGGAUUAUCCAGUGUCGCAACUGCGGAAGCAUUUCCAGGACAAAACUUCGGAUGCGGGACUAGCACUGUUGCAGGGCCUGUUAACGUAUGAUCCGAAGCAAAGACUGACUGCUGAUUCGGGACUUAAGCAUGCCUACUUUAAGGAGCUACCCCUACCCAUCGAUCCAUCCAUGUUUCCCACUUGGCCGGCCAAGAGUGAGCUUGGCGCCCGCAAACCACAAAGCUCCUCACCCAAACCACCAUCCGGCGGCUCACAGUUUAAACAGCUGGGUCGCGACGAUCCCAUUACAGCUGGUGGCGUCAGGCUUGCCUCUGGCAUUAUUACGGGCAACAAAAGAAGCAGUGGAGCGACGGCUGCGAGUACGGGUUUUGUGCUUAACGCAGGCAUCACGCAACGCCAGCUGGCCAUGGGCCCGGGCUUCAGCCUGAAGUUCUGAGGCACACUUUUAGCCA